AUGGGUCAAACAAAACGCCGCGACGGCAAGUCGUCUCGCGGCCCAAAAGCUUCACUGUUUGGGGGGGGGAAGCCCCGAGAAGGAGAUUUGGGACCACCGCAAAUAAAAAAGGCCACAUUUGAGAUCACCAAGAAGAAGGAAGUGGGCGUCUCAGACCUCACACUGCUGAGCAAAGUCUCGAACGAAGCAAUCAACGAAAACCUCAAGAAGAGAUUCGAACAUGGCGAGAUUUAUACCUAUAUCGGCCAUGUGCUGGUCUCGGUCAACCCCUUCCGGGAUCUGGGCAUCUACACGGAUCCCGUGUUGGACACGUAUCGAGGAAGAAACCGACUCGAGGUGCCUCCGCACGUGUUUGCUGUCGCGGAAUCAGCCUACUACAACAUGAAGGCCUACAAAGAUAACCAAUGCGUGAUUAUUUCGGGCGAGUCGGGCGCAGGCAAAACCGAAGCGGCCAAACGCCUGAUGCAGUAUAUUGCCAGUGUCUCGGGCGGGACCGACUCCAGAAUUCAGAGAACCAAAGAUAUGGUCCUAGCCACCAACCCUCUGCUGGAAUCCUUCGGUAACGCCAAAACUCUGCGCAACAACAAUUCCUCCCGUUUCGGAAAAUACCUCGAACUCGAAUUCAAUCAAAAUGGUGAGCCGGUGGGGGCCAAAAUCACCAACUAUCUGCUCGAAAAGACCCGAGUGGUGGGACAGAUCACGAACGAACGAAACUUCCACAUUUUCUAUCAAUUCGCCAAAUCCGCACCCAAAGAAUACCGAGACACGUUUGGAAUCCAGCCACCCCAAUCCUAUGUCUAUACCAGCAGAUCGAAAUGUUUCGACGUCCCCGGAAUCGACGAUGCCAGCGAUUUCCAAGAAACUCUUCGGGCCAUGCAGAUCAUCGGUCUGACCAAGGCGGAACAAGACAACAUCUUCCGCAUGCUGGCGGCCAUUUUAUGGAUUGGGAACAUCACGUUCCGAGAGAACGAUCAUGGCGGUGUCGAUGUCGCCGAUACUUCGGUGGUGGACUUUGUCGCCUAUCUGCUGGAAGUCGAUUCCUCUCAUGUUCACAAGGCUCUGACCGUCAGAAUUGUGGAAACGGCCCGAGGCGGCGGACGACGAGGCUCGAUCUAUGAAUCCCCCUUAAAUCCGGUCCAAGCCGGCGCCGUUCGGGAUGCCCUGGCCAUGGCCAUCUAUUUCAACCUUUUCGACUGGAUCGUCACGCGGACGAAUGUGUCCCUGAGGGCUCAAGGAACCGUGAAAAAUACCGUGGGCAUUCUGGACAUCUAUGGGUUUGAAAUCUUCGAGAAGAAUUCAUUCGAACAGUUGUGCAUCAACUACGUCAACGAAAAGCUUCAGCAGAUCUUUAUCCAGCUCACAUUGAAGACGGAGCAGGAAGAAUAUGCUCGCGAACAAAUUCAAUGGACUCCGAUCAAGUAUUUCGACAACAAAGUCGUAUGCUCCUUGAUUGAAGACAAGCGGCCUCCGGGCGUUUUCGCCGCGCUAAACGACGCAUGCGCCACGGCUCACGCCGACUCUGGAGCGGCCGAUCAAACUUUUGUGGGCCGUCUGAAUUUCCUUUCCAGCAACCCCAACUUCGAGAACCGACAGGGUCAAUUCAUCAUCAAGCAUUAUGCCGGUGAUGUGAACUACCAAGUGUCGGGGAUGACGGACAAGAACAAGGACCAAUUGCUGAAAGAUCUAUUGAAUCUGGUGGGCGAGAGUUCGAACAGCUUCGUUCAUGAAUUGUUUCCUCAUCAAGUCGAUCAAGAUGACAAGCGCCGUCCUCCGACGGCAGGGGACAAAAUCAAGCAAUCGGCCAACGAACUGGUGGAUACGCUGAUGCAAGCUCAACCGUCAUACAUUCGAACCAUCAAGCCCAACGAGAACAAAUCCCCCCGAGAAUACAACGAGGCCAAUGUCCUGCAUCAAAUCAAAUAUUUGGGUCUUCAAGAGAACGUCCGUAUUCGACGAGCCGGUUUUGCUUACCGUCAGACCUUUGAUAAGUUUGUGGAAAGAUUUGCCCUGUUGUCUCCCCGGCUUUCUUACGCCGGAGAAUACACGUAUACGGGAGAUGUCAAGACCGCGUCCCAAAUCAUCUUCAAAGAUACCAGCAUUCCACCCGAAGAAUAUCAAAUGGGUGUCACCAAGGCGUUUAUCAAGACUCCCGAAACCCUGUUUGGCCUCGAACACAUGCGAGAUCGGUAUUGGCACAACAUGGCGGUUCGCAUUCAGAGAGCCUGGAGAAACUAUCUGCGAUACCGCGCGGAAGCGGCAACCCGAAUUCAGAGGUUCUGGCGCAAAUCCAAGGUCGGGGUCAAAGAGGUGGAAUUCCGCGAUCAAGGUCACCGAUUACUGGCCGGUCGGAAAGAACGUCGCCGAUACAGCUUGCUGGGAUCAAGACGCUUUUUUGGAGAUUAUCUUGGUCUCAAUAUGCCCGGUGGCACCGGCCAGGUGCUCCGAGACUCGAUUCAUCUCAACCCUCAAGAACGUUGCGUCUUCUCCGCUCGUUGCGAGUUACUGGUCACCAAGUUCGGACGAUCGUCCAAACCCAUGCCCCGGAUUUUGGUGCUGACGAACAAAUCGAUUUAUGUCGUGGUUCAAACGGUGGUGAACCAUCAACUUCAGAUCUCCGCCGAAAGAACGAUUCCGAUUGGCGCGGUCAAAUACAUCUCGACAUCGAAUUUGCGUGAUGACUGGUUUGCCAUAGGAGUUGGAUCGCCUCAGGAGCCCGAUCCCCUUAUCAGCUGUGUCUUCAAGACGGAAUUCUUCCUUCAAUUCAAGACCGUGGCGGUGGGGGGAAUGGAUCUCAGGAUCUCCAGUGCCAUUGAAUACAAUAAGAAACCUGGUAAACCUGCGGUGGUGAAAGUCCAAAAAGAUCCGGCCGUCCCUCGAGAUGACGUGUACAAGUCCGGGACGAUCCAUGUUCCACAAGGAGAACCACCAAAUUCAGUGUCCAGGCCGACUCCUCGUGGAAAAGCAGUGGCCAGGCCGAUCACGACGGGCAAGUUGCUUCGACCGGGUGGUCCCGGUAGUCAGCCAUCAAAAGGCACGGCGAGACGACCGAUUCCGGCGGCCCGACCAGCCACUCAAACUCCACGACCAGUUCCUGCUCCAGCUGCCACUCCGAUGGCACAUGCAAUGAAUGGACCUUCAUCUCAUAUUCGUAACGAGUCAGCAUCAUCGAUGAACCGGGUGGCCCCUCCUGCACCCGCUCCGGCGGCCGUGCCGUCGAAACCUCAAGCUAAAGUCAAGUACGAUUUCAAUUCGCCCAACUCGAACGAACUGUCCAUUACAGCAGGAGAGAUCAUAGAGAUUGUACAAAAAGAAAACAACGGCUGGUGGCUUUGCAAAAAUCGUCAAACCAAUGCACAAGGCUGGGCACCAUCAGCAUAUGUGGAAGAAAUCGAACAGACCCGUGCAGCUCCACCACCGCCGCCACCGCCUCCGGCUGCACCUCCUCGCGCGGUCCCUACGCCGUCUGUCGUUGUCAACGGAAACGCGAAGCCCCGUACACCACCUGUGGCGGCGAGAGCGAAACCCACGCCUCCAGCGCCACCUGCCAAACGGCCGGUACCAGCCGCGAGGAAACCAGGUGUUUCCCCAGCUCGAGAUAGUGGAAUGAGUCUGGGAUCGAACGGUGGGACAGAUUCGGGCCGAGUCACUCCGAACAGUAUUGGAGGUGGAAGUCUAGCUGGAGGAUUGGCCGAAGCAUUACGAGCGAGACAAAGUGCGAUGAGUGGGAAAAACGACAAGGAUGAUGACGAUGACUGGUAG